AUGUCACAUAAAGUUGAAAGAUUCGUUAAAUUAUCAUCAGGUUAUAACAUUCCAUCAGUUGCUUUAGGAACUUGGUUAUUAUCAGGUUCAGAAGCAAGUAAUGUCGUUUAUAAUGCAUUAAAAAAGGGAUAUAGACAUUUUGAUACUGCAAUCUUAUAUGAUAAUGAACGUGAAGUUGGUGAAGCUAUUGCUAAAUGGUUAAGAGAAGAUCCUGUAAAUAACAAGAGAGAAGAUGUAUUCUAUACUUCAAAACUAUGGACUUUUAAUUCUUAUGAACGUACUAAAAAGGAGAUCAACUCAGCAUUAAGUGCAAUUGAACAUUCAAUUGGUUAUAUUGAUCUAUUAUUACUUCAUCAUCCAAAUCCAGGUCCACAGGGAAGAUUAGAUGCUUGGAGAGCAUUACAAGAAGUUGUUGAAACAGGUAAAGUCAAAUCUAUUGGUGUUUCAAGUUGGGGUAAACAUCAUAUUGAUCAAUUAUUAUCAUGGGAUGGUUUAAAAAUUAAACCAGCAAUUAAUCAAAUUGAAAUUCAUCCAUGGUGUAUGAGACAAGAAUUAGCAGAUUAUUCAAGAUCUAAAGGUAUUGCAGUGGAAGCUUAUGCUCCAUUAGCUCAUGGUGGUAAAAUUAAUGAUCCAAAUGUUGUCAAGAUUGCGAAAACUCAUGGUGUUACACCAGGUCAAGUAUUAAUCCGUUGGAGUUUACAAAAAGGUAAUAUCCCAUUACCUAAAACUAAGAAUGUUGAUAGAUUAUCUUCAAAUUUGGAUGUUUAUAAUUUUGAAUUAAGUUCUGAAGAAAUUGAAACAAUUUCACAUCCAGAAGCUUAUGAGCCAACAGAUUGGGAUGUAACUACAAGACCAUAA